AGUGUGGUGGUGUUGUGGAGUUUGAUGGUGAUAAUAACAGAGAUUCACCUGUGAUGAAAGCCAGGAGCAUACCAAGAUCAGCCCUCAUCUACCUCAAGGGCCCAAAGUUUCUCAUCUAUGUGAGUGGAGCGUUAUCUAUGUGGGGUGAUCGUAUGUGGCAUUUUGCCAUUUCUGUCUUCCUGAUUGAGCUGUACGGGCAUAACCUGCUGUUAACCGCCAUCUUUGGACUUGUGGUGGCUGGAUCGGUGCUCUUACUGGGAGCAUUGAUUGGAGAUUGGGUUGACCGCAAUCCAAGAAACAAAGUGGCCCACGCAUCCCUGUUCAUUCAGAAUGUUUCAGUGACUGUCUGCAGCAUCGUGCUCAUGUUGGUGUUCUCUUACAAAAAGUGGAUUGAGGAAAUCUGGGAUGGGUGGUUAACUGUGGUUUGUUAUACGGUGGUGAUCGUCCUGGCAGAUGUGGCAAACCUUGCCAGCACAGCUCUCACCAUUGCCAUCCAGAGGGAUUGGAUAGUGGUAAUCACAGGAUUCAACCGUGGUCACCUCGCAGGAAUGAACGCAACAAUGAGACGGAUCGAUCAGGUCACUAAUAUUCUGGCUCCGCUGGCGGUGGGUCAAGUAAUGACCCUAGCCUCUAAUGUGGUUGGCUGUGGCUUCAUCUUGGGAUGGAAUCUGGUGUCCCUCAUUGUAGAGUUCUUCUUCCUCUCCAGAGUCUACCGUAUCGUACCAGAACUGUCUGUCAAACUGCCAACAAUGGAACAUCAAAGCUAUUUACAGAAGAAAAGAGAAAGUAAACCAGCAGAGAUCACCAGCAACCUGCAUUUACAAGAGAUAACAAGAAUACCAGUGUGCUUCCAACGCCUGCGCGGGCUCCUCAGGACCUGCCAAGAGGGAUGGAGGGCAUAUUACAAACAACCUGUUUUCCUCGCCGGCCUGGGCCUGGCCUUCCUAUACACAACAGUGCUAGGCUUUGACUGCAUCACCACAGGCUAUGCCUACACCCAGGGCAUCAGUGGCUCGCUGCUCAGCAUACUAAUGGGUGUGUCAGCUGCAGCAGGGCUAUUGGGCACUGUCCUUUUCACAAAGCUGCGGAAAGCAUGUGGCCUGGUUAACACUGGGGUCAUUUCCAGCGGUCUGCACCUUGGCUGCCUGUUGCUUUGUGUGUGCUCUGUUUUUGCCCCCGGUAGCCCCAUGGACCUUAGCAUACUAAAUAUGGGGAAUGCGCAUGGAUUCCAACUGCGUGGAGGCAGCAACCAGCCUUUGCUGCCAGAUCGCUCCUCCAUUCACUGGACUAAUAACACUGUGUUGUUUGAGAAUGCACCAGCAGGGACCGAACCUGAGUCUUACGUCUCCAUCAUCUUGCUGUUCCUUGGAGUCAUUAUGGCUAGAGUUGGCCUCUGGUCCUUCGACCUCACAGUGACUCAGCUCUUGCAGGAAACGAUAAGUGAAACAGAGCGUGGGGUGGUCAAUGGAGUCCAGAGUUCCAUUAACUAUCUGAUGGACUUGCUGCACUUCCUCAUGGUCAUCUCUGCACCUCAGCCACAACAUUUCGGAAUCCUUGUCAUUAUCUCCGUCCUGUUCAUUUUCACAGGACACACCAUGUACUUUCUGUACGCCAGGAAGGCUAAGAGAAAACAAUGCACAAACACAUAAGGAGCACAGAUGUACUAUACUGCAGACUUCUCUGUUACAGGCUCUGUCACCAGCUUGUGAAUGUGUCUCCAUCCCAGUGCUGUUUGUUGCAGCAAUUUUUGGAUUCACACAAAAUUGCUUUACUCUUAUGACUGCUGAUUCAUUUAAGGCUGCUCUGUUGGCUGGUUUUAGAGGGGUUUUGGGCACUUUACAGCAGGUCAAACUGAAAGUCCAGCUUAAAACAGCUAAACACCAGCUGGGACAAGCUGGGACACCAUUUAGGACAUCUUCAAUCAGCUAAGAACAUGUUUAGGCUGGUUGGAGCUCAUUACCAAAAACGAUGUCGUUGAUCUCUGCGUGAAAAAAAGAAAAGAAAAGAAAAACCUUUGGCAGCAGCACAGUCCUCAGGUGAAUUCAACUAGGAAAUAGCACCUCCUGCUGACAGUAAAGGGAAACGCACACAUCAUUGACAAGUUGGCACUAAGAGAGCCAACAUUCACGCUGGAAGUUAUUAAGUGUCUUAAAACGCACAAACUUUCUACAAGAACAUAGUUGAACAUAGCUGAAAAAACUAAAGAAAAAUGUAUGGAUUAUUAAAUAAGCAAACACUUUUCUUGAAAGCCUUUUCAGUUUUGGCCUAUUGCAACCAGAAACAGCAUGCUGACAAACAUAUGCCACAACCAAAAUAAAAUGAAACAUCAGUAACCUGAGCUACAGUAUAUUAUAAAUCAUAUAACUGACAGACAGUCCACAUUUCACUUAUACUGUUAAGAUUACUUGGUUUUGUAAUAAAGCACACAAGCAUGCAAUACAUCU